GAGUCUAUUAAUCCCAAAAAUCGGUGUCCGCUGUCCAGGGAUGCAAGCAUCGGUGUGCCUGGGUUCUACAGGCACUUUAGGGAGGGUGGAGGCAGCAUCUAUCGAAUGGCUGGUAGUGCUGCUCCUGAACCCCUGGGUGGUGCUUGCUGCGAGUGCUUCUUCUGGCAGUCUGUUCCGCACUUGUACAGCUCCAGGGAACGUGCUGUACAAGUAGCAGUCCACCCGUGUGCCUGGGUGGCUUUAUCGGAGUCUUUAGCGUACCGCCUGCGAGGCCAGAUAGAAGGUCAGCAGGCAGCAGCAGCAGCAGAACCACCCCCUUCCCCUCCCCCAGUUCCUCUUCCUGUAGCUGCCAUUCCCCAGGUCCCGGAGCCCCCCAGAGUCCCCCAGAUAGCUCCUGUACCUUUCGUUCCAGUCCCAGCCCCAGCCCCAGAGCCCCCAGCUGCUGAGGUGAGUGGAGCCGCUGAGAUCACGCCAGAGAAGCUCAUCCCUGCUCCAUCUGCGCCUGAGGAGGUGGUCGUGGCAGCCACUCUUGAACUCCCUGAGAAGGCAGCUCCUGCAGCAGAGGCCCAGCCAGACGUGGGUGUGGCCAUCAGAGCUGGGUCUGGUCCAAGCCUCAGCCAACCUGGGGGCAGCAUCCCACCAUGGUCCAUCUAUGCGGAGGAGGCCCACCUCAUGGUGAUGCGGCUGAGGGAAGAGAAGGAACAGGAGCUCCAGCAACUCAACCAGGAGUGGAGGCAGAAGAUGGAGGCUAGGGAGCAGGAGUUCAGCAAGAUGGCCCAGCUGUCUGAGGAGGAGGUGAACGGCGCCAUCAAGGAGGUGGAGAAGCUGUUUGUGAAAGCGUCGUGCACCCCAGUCUGUCAGGAUCACCAGGAGGCCGUCAUGACCUGCUACCAGGACCACCCUCGCCAGGCCCUGCGCUGCGCCCGCCAAGUGGAUGAUUUUGCCAGAUGUGUUGACCUUUCCAGGCUGCAAUCAGUCCUGAGGCAGAGAGCAAACUAGUUGAGUAAUGAUGCACCAGAGGAAAAAAAUAGACUGGGGAAACAUACAAUCAUGGCAUUUAACUUCUUGGGUUAUGCGAUGCCAUCAUUGCAUUGGGGAGGGCAGCUAAGUCACCCCAAUGCACGGCAGACUUCUGAGGUGACGGUGCUGAUGCUUCCUUGUGUACAGAGCCCGGUGGGGCGCGUGCCAAGGUGCCCUGCCGGGGACUACUUGUAAAUGCCUUGUGAAGAUGUAAUGUUCUUUUAUUUGUACAUUAUUAGAUGUCUUUAAAAAUAAAUUAUUUACUAGAACUUGGA